UCUCAUCCUAUGAGAAGACUUCAUUUUACUAAUGAUUUCCAAUGUUGCAAAAAUGUGUGGGAUGAAAAUUAAAAUACAACAUUUCUGUCAACGAAUAUUUGCGUCAGCUUUUGAUAGUAGGCUAAUAUAGCUAAUAUAGACACUUACAUCAUGUGUUGCCUUCAUUAUCACACUUAUAUAAGGCUUUUAAUUUUUUGCGGCUCCAGACAGAUUUUUUUUUUGUAUUUUUGGUCCAAUAUGGCUCUUUCAACAUUUUGGGUUGCCGACCCCUGCCCUAACCCAUCUCCAAUGCCAAAACUCAAUAACAGUGUUCUAAGUCCACAGCAAAAUACUUUGUGUUGUGUCCAAGUCGUUCAUUCUGUCUUUCAUGCAUUGGUGGUGGGACUCACCCCGACAGACCCGCCUGGGGAAAAUGGCAGAGUUCCAGCAGAGAAGAAAAGACCUGGAGAUGAACCUCACAGAAUGCAGCAGGCUCCUGGAGGAAACCCGGGGACGAUUCCAAGCGCUGCAAGAUGAAAGCAGGAGCGGGGAGGAGGAAGAGGAGGCCCAGCUGACACAAGCUUCGAGCUGAGGUGAGCAAACUGAAAAAGGAGAAAAAAGAUUGGAGAAGAUGAUGGAGGAGCACCCUCGUCGCGAGAAGAGGCUUCCCUGGGAUGUAGACUCCAUCAGCAAAAAGGGCUUCAGCAAGAGUAUUGUCAACGUGAAGACCAAGGAGGAAAAGCAGGAGGAAAAAGUGGCGACGCGUAAGACUUUUGUGGAGAAGUACGCUAAGGAAAUCAAACACUUUGGGAUGAUGCGGCGUUGGCACGACAGCCAGAAGUAUCUGUCAGAGAAUCCACAUCUGGUGUGUGAGGAGACAGCAAACCGUCUUGUGGUCACCUGUAUUGAACAUGACAUUGAUGAGAAACACGCACUAAUGGAGCAGGCGGCCCACCAGGCCAUCGUCAUGCAGUCCAUUAUGGAUUUAGGCAAUGUGCUUCAAGAGGACCCACGAGGCUGCUUCAGGCAGUUCUUCUCAAGGAUGAAGGAGGCGUUUGAGCGUGAGCUGGAGAUGCUGAAGGAGCGUGUCCGCAGCUGCGCACCGAUGCGUAUGGAGGAGGCCAUGAAGGAGCUGGAGGAGGAGGAGAAGCAGAAAAGACUGGGACCGGGUGGUCGAGACCCUGCUGAGGUCUACAAAUCACUACCAAAGGACUUGCAGAGAAGCUUCGAUAAGAAGAACAUUGGGAUGCUCCACGAGGCCAUCAGCAAACUGAAACCCGAGGAGGGCAAGUAUCACCUGACCAGGUGUGGCGACUCUGGACUCUGGGUGCCUGAGGCAGGGGAUGAUAAAGAAGACGAGGAAGGGGAAUGAACAACAUGGCAGCAAGAUGAUUGUGUAGACUUUUUUUUUUUUCUUGUAGUUUUGUAAUUAAUUGCUGGCUCCCUCCCCCUCUUACUGCACCUUCAAAAUGAAUUGCUGGGUUUGAUUUAGUGGUCUGCGCAGGAUUUUUCAGGCAAAGCUUCUUUGUGCAGUCACUUUCAGCAAAUAGAAAACAAUCAGUGCAAGCCCCCGAAGCGUAAAUCAAAUUUAGAUAAUGGAAAGACUAACAGGAGUGUGUGUGUGUGUGUUCUUGUAUUGGUACCCUUCUUGAGACACCGACAAGGAAAAGUUUUUUUGAUUGAUUGAAACUUUUAUUAAUAGAUUGUA